CAGAAGAAUUAUAUAUAUAAAGAUAACACUUACAUUACCAGAAUAAGAGAAAUGAUAUUGGAAUUAGAAAAAGAAGACAAAGUAAUUGAAUUUAUAUGGGUACCGUCGCACUCAGGAAUAACAGGCAAUGAAAUAGUUGAUAAAUUUAUGAAGAUUCAACAUCCAAGCUUUAUUAAUUCGCAACAUUACACUCCUCCAGUACUUCUAACUGAUUACGGUUCGUUAUUAAAAAUUCGAAUGUUCGACUAUUGGAAUAAAGACUGGGAAACCACCAAAGUUUUUAAAGGAAAUUGGUAUGCCAAAAUACAAAAAAUAAUUCCUCGCAAACCCUGGUAUUUUAAGGGAAAGUCACCGAGUAGAAAAUUUAUUACCACUUUAAACAGACUCAGACUUGGACAUGGAAAAUUUGCAGAACAUUUGAAAAGACUGAAGAUGACGUCUUCAGACAAGUGUGAAUAUUGUGAGGUAGCUGUGGCUACAUUGGAUCAUUUGAUACUAUUUUGUCCUGCUUUUAAUAUUCAAAGAAUACUCCUUAUAGAUGGCUUUGGAUGGAUUUACAAACAUGAAGAAAUUCCCCGCCUCUUGCCAUCUCUAUUAGAAAACGAAGAUACAUAUUAACACCUUUACACCUACAUUACUUCUACUUUUAUAAACAUAUGAAGAGAAACUUAGAAUCAAUGAAGACUGUUACUAAUGUAUAGGCUGUAUGGACUUGUCCAAAGCCGCUUAAUUUCUAAAUAAAAAAAAAACACAACAACAAUCAGCUUCUGUGCCUGUCUGAUGAUGAUCUGACCUCAUAUUUGCGAUUGAAUUCUACCUGCUUUGAACUAAUAAGUUAGAAAAUAUCUUUUUUUUGUUUAGAAUAGUUUCUAUCAUUCUUAGUGAACCCGUUUUUACCUCUCUACAAAACUUUAUCUAUAACCUGUGUUGUGUGCUAGAAUGUCUCAUACAAUUUUAUCUUGAGUAUUCCAUCUGUAUGUGAUAAAUUAUUCAUUUAUAUUUUGUUAAUAGAAGUUGUUUAAAAACAUCUUACUUUGGUGCACAUCAAAUGGCAGGUUAUUAUUCCAGGUCUGAAAUCCUAGAAAAUAUCCAAAAAAAGAAGGAUCAAGAGAAAGAUCCACAAACUCCCGGUUACCAACAAUCAUUAUCUAAAGCAACAGACAAGCCUGUUCCUGCAACAGAGCAGAAUGUUACUGCUUCUGUAACUCAGCAUGUGGUCUCUCAACAACUUCUAUCUCCGACUCAUACACAAGGUUCACCUGCCCAAGCAAAGGAUGACUCCAAAGAUAAAACUAUAAAGGUUGCAAAUUCAACUACUAUUACUCUAAUUGAAAACGGUAAUGUCAAUGGUGACAAGGAUAAAGACAAUUACCCCAAAAAUUAUUUUACAUUAGAGCCAAAAAACGAAAAGAAAGAUGACUCCAACAAAAACAGUAUUACGAUAACUCGGACAGUUUCUAAACCACUGCCUGGGAGUCAGUCUGAUAAUACUAAAGCUGCAUUAAAGCCUGUGAAGCGGCCACUGCAGUGUUUAGAAACCUUGGCUGAAAAGGCUGGCAUUACUUUUGAGGAUAAAUACGAAGCUGCAAAUACUCUACUAGCUUUGGAUAAACAAAAUAGUACUUUCAGGAGGCCAGAUUUAAAGCAGCCUAAAACUGAAGUAGUAGAUAAUCAAAAUUCUAGUGAAGAAUAUAGAUAUAGAAAUCACAAAGAAGAGGAUGAUAAGCUACAGAUUCAACAACAGAUAAUUCAGCAUCAGCAACAACAGCAAUUGCAGCAGCUACAACAACAACAAAUUCAACAGCUCCAGCAACAACAGUUGCAGCAGUUGCAACAGCAAGCCUUGCAAAGACAGCACCAACAGGCUAUACAACAGCAUAUUAAAAAUCAACAGGAUCAACAAGAACUUUUGCAGAAACAGUUUCAGCAGCAUCAGCAGCAGCAACAGCAACAACAACAGCAUCAGCAACAACAGCAGCAGCAACAACAACAACAACAACAGCAGCAGCAACAACAACAGCAGCAGCAACAACAACAACAGCAGCAACAACAACAACAACAACAGCAGCAGCAACAACAACAGCAGCAACAACAACAGCAGCAACAACAACAACAACAGCAGCAACAAAAAUCUGAGUUGCAACAGCAAAUACAAACAGAUCUUCAGCAGCAAAAGUUUUUGCAGGUCGUCAACAACCAGCCAGUGCACACGCAGCAGUUUAACGUGCCGGGCAUUGGGGAGAUCAACCUCAGUUUCUUGGCGACACCACAGAACAGCGUCAACCUCCUGUUCGACAAGAACCAGAAAACAGGCAUGAGCGGCGAGAUCAAAUCGCAACAAAUAGUAGACGGUCAGAGCCAAGUAGUCCAGCAGCAGAUGAGUAUGGCGCAGCACGAGCCCGCGCAGCAGCAGCACCACCAGACGGUCACAGUGGUCACAUCCAUGCCGAGCAGUAUGGCUGCACAUCAGGUCCAACAGCAAGCCACAACUGGAAUACAGCAGCAAGCUGGUGGAGGAAUCACCACAAUGCCGCCCUUACAGAGCCUACCGCCAAACACUCAACAUCCACAGCAAAUCAGUGCGGAAUGGGGUCACAGUCGCGUGCAAGUGAUCCAACAACCGUUACAGAACAGCACAUACUUGCAACAGUUAUACAACGCGCAGGGUCCUUUACUGAUGCCUGGGAACAUUGCCCUGCAUCCCGGCAUCAAUUCCCAACAAAUACAGGUUAUCGCUGCAGGCAAGCCGUUUCAAGGGAACCAGUUAGCACCACACAUGCUAACUACGCAAGGGAAACAGGUCCUUCAGGGUCAGGCUGCACCGUUCCCUGGAUACACGACGAUUCCGGCAAUACCCACUACACAAAACCAGACGUUCGUGUUUAGCCCACUGGGCGUCAUCAACUCGCAACCGAACAUUUUGCCGGCGCAUUCACAGCCAACCGUCUCUGGCAUCGGCCAGCAACAGAAACCGGCGGAAAUGCAUAAGGUGAUGAGCGGCGGUAAAGUGACGGGCGGGAAGGUAGGCGGUACAGGCGGUUCGCAGACGGUGCCCGUCCAAGCGCAGUGCGUGCAAGUCUCGCAGCCCUUAUUAGGCGGCCAGCAACCUACGCAAGCGCAGAUCAUAAGCCCGCUGCAGACUGGUGGUCAGGCAAUGCAGUUCGCGCCAUGGCAGCUGUCCGGCGCGUUGCCUCAAAUGUGGGCUGGCGGAUUGCAAGCGGGCGGAUUGCCGACCGGCGGAUUGUUGGCUCCGAAUCCGAUCUUCAUAAGGGGCGCGCAACCCGACGCCCCGCCUUCGAUGUUCAUACAGCACUCGCCGCAAAACAACGUGCAGCACGCCAAUGCCAGCGUCGCGUGCGCCACUGCGACUACGGCGAAGCCUCGCGCGUCUUCCGAAGGGUUGUCAAAGACGCCGCGGCCUUUGUCCAACAUUCUACCGUCGGGCAGCAUCAGACCAGCCUCGUCGGUCUCCACGCAGACCAGCGCGAACCAAGCGCAGAAUCAGGCUAAACAUCGCGGUAAACCUGGCGUGCGAUCGCCCGCGCCGACAGCAAAACAAGAUGCGGCUAACCAAACUAAUAAAAUGCAGCACCAAAUGCAACAACCGAAACAGCAACUCCUUGUGAUGAAUUCGAGCGGGCAAAUGGCCCAGAUAACCAGCGUACAAGACAAACAGCCCAUGAACAAAACUAUACAGCAACAGGCGAUAUUGCAGCAACAGAUGCAGCAGCAGCAACAACAACAACAACAGCAGCAGCAGCAACAACAACAGCAACAGUUGAUGCAUCAACAACAACAACAGACCCAACAGAUGGUCCAACAUUAUCAACAGCAAGGUAUGACGUUAAGCAUGCAGCCAGGAACUCUACCAGUGGGUUCUGUGGCUCAAUCUAUUCCCAUGACUGGAAUUCCACAGACUAUAUCUAUGGUGCAACAGAUACAUCCUUUGAGCGGAAUGGCUCAGCCUGGAACACUUGUGGGGCAGAUUAACAGCGGACAACAACAACAGAACGCUUCUCUUACUCAAGUGCAACCUCAGACAAUAGUCAGCAACGGCAUAGUGCAGACUUCUGUAGGCAUGGCGGUGCAACAGCAGCCAGGGUUGGCUCACGCGACCUCAAUGCAGACCGUCUCUGGUAGCAACAUCAACUCGCCGCAGAUCACUUUGCAAUCAGCCCAAGGCACUAUGGGGCUGAUAGCUGCUCCAGUACAGGGCUCAGUGUUGCCCCUACAGUCGCAAACCACGCUGGUGGCUCACGUCAAAAGUGAGGACGACAAGACGCAAGCUCUCGCGCCGCCAGUCAGCGUGGCGCCAGUGGUCCAGCAGAUUGCACCUCAACCCAUCGUGACUUCAGACGCGGCCACGGAGCCUUCUUCGAGCACACCCUUCAGUACCGCCUCUGCUGCCGCUACGGCUGAAGCGGUCUCCACAAACGCUUCUACUGGUGGUUCAGACUCCAAAUCCAGCCCCAUGAAAGUAGAACCAUCAUCGGAGCCCCAGGCGGCCACUGCGCUCGCUGCCGUUUCCACUUCCGAUACAGCUGCGACAGCAACUGCCACCGCCGCGUCUGCGCCCCAAUCCGCUGCCACUCCGACCACCGUCGUGCCCAGUAGUGCCCAACAGACCACACCGGUCGCGCCUCAGGUUGUGACCACUAUGGCGUCAUCGACUUCCUCAUCGGCCACGAUAACUGCGUCGAUCACUGCGCCAGUCUCGACGGGUGGAUCGACGCCGUUGUUCAAGGGCUCGACAUGUGCUCCAAGACACAUGAGCCAACAAGCGGCGCAUGAUAAAGGUUUACCGAAAGCAAUGGUGAAACCAAACAUUCUCACUCACGUCAUAGAGGGAUACGUCAUACAAGAAGCAGGGGAACCAUUCGCUGUAAACCGUCCGUUGCGUGAAUGGGGCACAGCUGAUAAAGAACAGGACAAAGAAAAUAAAUUGCCUUCGGCUGAUGAUCCACCACGCAAAAAGCAGAAGAUGGAAACGACAUCUACCCUACCCCGAAUCAGUUCGAGCCACGAAGGCAGUGAGACGCAGAGCUCGGCGAAGGCGGAAGCGGCAGCGAGCAGCGAAUCUGCUGACACUGCGACCGCGCCUGACGACCAUCCCAAGAUACCGAACGCCAACAAGUGGAGCGUGGCAGAGGUUUGCGACUUCAUCCGCAACAUACCCGGGUGCGCGGGCUACGCGGACGAGUUCCUCAUGCAAGAGGUCGAUGGGGAAGCUUUGCUGCUCAUCCGGCCCGAGCACUUAGUGAUGGCGCUGUCCAUGAAACUAGGCCCCGCGCUCAAGAUAGUGGCCUGCAUCGAUUCACUGCGGCCCGACAGCGAGCAGACGGCGCAGGACCACGACUGAGACUUGCUGUCAUUUCUGUUUCCCAUGGACAGAAAUAAUUGAGAAAUCUGUGUUCACGUUACUAGUAAGUAUUGUAUAGAUGUCCAUUUUAAAGUUCUUUAAUCUAUAACUAAAUUAUGUUUGUUUCUACUCACUACUUUAACUACAUAAAUGUUUUAGCGUUCAUUUUUAUCACAUAUAUACUUAAUAUAAAAAAAAGUAAAUCUAAACGGCAUAUUGUAAUAAACUAAAUGUGUUAAUAAUGCUCAAUAACCUUCACGUGUCAUUAUUCAUUAAAAAGAAAAUACAGUAGAGAACUGUGUCCAAGAUCUAUUUAUAUGAAAACUGGUAACUUUAUUUUAGAAGAAAUCAGAUUUUUUUAAGUUUAUGUAAAAAAAUAUUGUGUAGACAGCAAUAAUUCUUUAUGUAUUAAUUAGAGUAUGUUGUCGUUUUAGUAAUCACAUAGAAACUCUAUUUAUGAAACUAAGCAUUUAAUUCGUUUACAAUGUAGUUUCAUUGUUGUAUACGUUCUAUUGGUAAGCUAACAAUUGAGUUUGCUAUCUUUUUAUUUAAUAACUUUAGAUUCGUCUUACAUCAGGGCUGAUUUUCACGACUGCACGGAUUUCUAGUUUAUUAGAUGAUAUUAGAUACUUUGAAACAUGACAAUAUAGUAAUAAAAAGCUUGAUGUGCUUAAAGUCCGGUUUUUCACCUUUCAUGAAUAUCUUUAUUUAUCUUUAUUGAUUGUUUCUUAAAUUUCAACAUACCGAUAUUUGAAACGAUUUGGUGAGAGAAUGAAUACUUACUUUUUUAACCCUUACUUUAUGCCUUUCCUCACAAUUUGUCUCUCUUUUUUGUGUACAGUCAGCAGCAGAUAGGACGGAGCAUCUAAAGUAGUAAAUAAUAGUCUAAUUUUUAAGAGCGUUUAAUUAUUUACAUACAGGCUGUAAAAAAGCCUUUAACGAAGUCGAAACCCGUAUUUUCUACAUCAUGACGAUCGUUUUCUUCUUCUGGACCAUACCUGGGAAAUUUAUGGUUAUGGAGAUUUUGAAGGUCAAAGUUUUCAAGAUUUAUGCAAUAAUAUUUUCAAAACAUUAUUCAGAAACUUUUUUAUCGACACACUUACACACAGGCACAUUGCUAGCGUAGCGCCACAGUAGUGCGCAGCGCUAUACAUUGCGUACUGAAAAAAAAAUAAUAUAUAAAAAAGAAAUUAUAAAUAUACAAUUUUUUCCCGAGUAUAAUAUUUUGUAAUAUUACUUGUUUGGGUAUACAGAAUGCGUAGUUUUAGUCUUUGUCAUAGGUUUUUUACAUCCUGUAUAUACAAUGAACAGACAUUGUAGUAAUAAGCAAUCAAGUUGGUUAAAAUUGCAUUAUUAACUUUGUACAUUAAGCAAAGCAAACAAAUAGUUCAUAUAUGUAUCUGUGCAAACUAUGUCGCUUGCACAUUUGGCUACUCUGGAUGCCUGACUAUUCUGACAUCUACAUCUAAAUGGAAAUAAACACGUAUUCGAUGGUUUUAGCAAAUAUAGAUGCUCCAAUCUAUUUGACACUGACGGUACGUAUAUGCUUGAUUUCAAUUCUAUGAAAUCCACAUAGUCACAAACGCGAUAUUAAGUACUUUUUAUUUUUCGACCCUAUUAUACCGGCACUUUACUUGGCUAUUUGUGUUUGCCAUUUGUAAUAUCAGUUUGUCCUUUUCAUUUCUUAUAUAGCAUAAUAAGGACAGACCGUUGUCAACUUUGCAAAUAGCAAAUACGAAUAGCCACGCUUUAAGACGCGAAUCAAUGUUCUCUCUAGGAAUACAGAAAUAGCAUGUACUGUAUUUAACAUAGGAUCGAAUACUACUUAUCCUUGUUACAUUUUUAUCUCUGCUGCCGUCAUGAAAGCAAGCCCAUGUGGUGCACUUAGGACAAAUGUCGAAAGUUCCGCCUACUUAGAUAUAAGCUACACGUAUUGGAUGAACCUUAACUAUCACGUACACAUUUAUGGUGAUUUUGAUUUUCGUUAAUCGUCAAACGUCUCAAUUCUUUUGUUACAACAUGUAUGUAUUGUAUAUCUAUCAUCGAUAUUCGAAACUUGACGAAUUCGAAUUUCAUAAUGACUUCUAGUUGAAAUGUUUAAGGAAAAUUUCUUUUCUAUUGAUCUUUAACAAUAAGCGCCUUUCCACACUUGGUAGCCUAGACCUCAGUGUUUGCCGAAGCAAAGUAUAUGGUGUUGACCUUAAUAUCGCAACUGGGUAUACGGCAGUCGCGACGUGUGCAAAAGCACUGAAUGCAAAAGUACUUAAAAUGACAUAGACUUUGUAAGAACAACAUGUCCAUGGUGCUGUGCGAACGAGCUUGUUCUAUACAUUACCGAAGUAGCAAAAUAACACUCGUUUCAUGUGUAUGCUUAUGUGAAAUGCGUAAUUUUGGUAUUUCGGUACAACUUCACACUGCACCUUGAACACAUCAAUGUGAAUAUUUUGUAGAAUUUAGUCGUAAAAUACUUAUAUGUAAUUUAUGUUUGUGAUCUUUCCGCUAGAUUAUAAACGCGGUCAUUGCGUUUGUUAUAGCGUUAAUUUAAUAUAAUACUGUCGUAGGUAUGACAAAAAUCUUUGUAGUGGGUAGUUUGAUUAAAUAAAAUUCGCUCAGUUAUAAGGUAUAGUUCUGGUCUACCGAUUUUAUUACAUAAAUGUAAAAAAAUGUGUAUAUUUUUUCUCACUACAAAACUAUAUUUACAAAACUAUCUUUUUUUAUUUUAUUUGAAACAGAUUGGAUAUUAUCAUCUGUGCUCUUUGAUCUUUGUUUAGUGGGGUUGUGAUGUACAACGAAUUUACAUUUCUAAAUUCAGAAAAAAAUAUAUCUAACAGAACUUGUAUUAGCUACCUCUUUCUGUUAAUGGCAUCCCACUCUUUUGCUAAAUAAUACUCCUCCCAAUGUCAUGUUUUAUUAAGAUAAUUUAGAUUUUUGUUAGAUGUACUUAAGAGUUGAUAAGAAGAAUUCGGAUAAUCAACACAUAUGCACGUAUCUUGAGAGUUUGUUUACAAAUUACCUGGAAAAAAGCUGAUUUCAAUUAUGUAAACUUUCAAAGAAGGCAUAUAUCUCUUGCAACAAUUUAUUUGCAUAUUGCAAACUUGGUAACAAUCCGUGAAUUAAUAAAGUAGCAUUUCAAUUUAACUUCAUUUGAAUUCAGUUGCGCCAAAAAUCUUUCUAGUGUUGUCUUAUUCCUUAUAUUAAUAACACAGUGGAGUAAAUAACCUAAGAGUAGCAACAUUGAACUACUUUAAAGAUAACCGUAGGCGUAACAUGAAAUCUCUAUAGUAACCAACUGUGUAUACCAUUGCCUGGUUAGCCUGAAGAAAUAGAGAAGUUUUGAAAUAAUUCCUGAUAUUAUGUAGUUUAAUAAUGAUCGGAUGUUAUACAAUGAUUGAGUAGAGGCUAGGAAAGCCAUUUAGGGUCUACAAAAAUGGAUAUUGUAUUUGAAUAUUUAAACCUGCCAGUUAAAUGACAGUAUUGAUGCGUUUAUUCGAUAUGACGGCGUCGUAACUUGCAGUCUGCUGCCUUGUCCAGGGCUAGUUCGUAGCUAGAGUAAUUACUCUAAUAUGCAGUCAAGUCAAUACCACGCCAUCCCAAUUGUUUGGUUUGCAAUUCACGGCAGUCCCUCCAAAUACAAUGUUAAAGAUAUAAAACAUUGUGAUUAAGUAGGUAUUAUAGGAUAUGUAAAUCAUUAUUAGAAAGUAAGUACGUUAACUCUAGUUGUUAUGGGUAAUUUAUAAUAUAUUAUUAUUAUUAUUGCGAGUCACAUGUUACUUUGAUUUUUCUGUAUGAUUUAAAAUUGUUAUGUAGUGUAUUAUAUGUACGUUAAGAGCGGCAGUUGGGGUGCAAUCACAUGUUUAUUUACGGACUAAUCGAUUUCAGAAAAUCUUAACUCAAUAUAAAAACUAUAAAAUAAUGGUGCUAAUUAGUUCAAUUUUGGGCAGUGCUUUUUUGUAUUUUUUAUUGAUUCCAAUGUAGUUAUAUGAAAUGAACUUAAGUGACCAUCAUAAAAAUUGACCUAACUGUAGUAAAGAAUCGAUUAAUCCACGAUUGAGUAUGUAUUAUUAAUAAUGGCUUUGUAAUGGAAUCUUGGAUGCAUUAACACUUUGUAAAAUUAUUACUUUAACACUGUAAAUAUUAGAGAAUUCGAUAUAAAGAUAUUACGCAGUUUUACAUGCGUUUUACCGCGUUUAUGUAUACAAAUAUAUAAAAUAGGAUUGUUAACUUGAAUUAUACCAAAAACAGGUCAGUAAAAAUAUCAUAUAAUAAGUUCUGGAAAUUAAAAUUGCUGAUAUUUGAUAUGUAUUUUGGAAAUAUUUUUAGUGUUUUUAAUGUAAGGUGCGUAGCAAUUAGAUUAACUUUAUGGCAUAGUUCGAUAUUGUAUGAUUAUUGUUUACAAUGUUUUAGAAAUAACCGAAUGCUUGGUCGUUAAAAAAAAUAAUGAGUCCUGCUGUAAGAUUUAUGAGUAACUAAAACCAUUAAUUAAAUAUUUUUUAAUAAGUUGAGUCCUCAUUUAAUGAAAUAAAUAGAGAACCUGUAAAUUUUUAGAGAAUCUAAACAUCAGCACUGCCUUUUAAAGAGAUGAGCAGUAAUGCUAAAAGCCUGUCAUAUUACAUGAAGUAUUCAUUAAGUGAAACUGUAACUAAAUGGUUAGCUUGACCGUUUAGCCUAUACAUCAUCUUAAAAUAAAGGUAAUGUAAUAAACUUCUAUUUCAAUAGAAAUCUUCCAUGUUUGCGAUUAAAUUAAUACAUCGCCAGAGUUUAUGCUCCCGCUCAGAAGUAUUCAUUAAGUGUAACUGUAACUAAAUGGUAAGCUUGACCGUUUAGCCCAUACAUCAUCUUAAAAUAAAGGUAAUGUAAUAAACUUCUAUUUCAAUAGAAAUCUUCCAUGUUUGCGAUUAAAUUAAUACAUCGCCAGAGUUUAUGCUCCCGCUCAGAAGCACUCUACACUUGAUACAAUAAUAUUGAAAAUAAUUAUUUCUACAUUGGCCAAGGUUUCUACGAUGUUCAAUUUAUUGUACACAUUGCUCAACUCUGUGUAAAAAUGUUGUUCACGUCUAAAUUAGUAAAAUAAAACAAAUGAGAC